CGUCGCCACCGUUCUGCAGCGACAUGGCCCCGAAGAAGUUGGAACCCAAGAAGACGGAGGUGAAGAAGGUGGAAGCGAAGAAGGAAGAACCUCCUCCUCCCAAACCUGCAGAACCAGAGUCCAAACCCCCAGAGGUGGACCUGAAGAGCGUGGUCAUCGAGUUCUCGGCCGACCAGGUGGAGGAGUUCCGAGACGCCUUCACGCUGUUCGAUGAGACGCCAGCCGGCGAGAUGAAGAUCAGCUUCGCUCAGUGUGGAGACGUGAUGCGAGCACUGGGCCACAACCCGACCAACGACGAGGUCCUGAAGCUGCUGGGACGGCCCAAAGCCGAGGAGAUGCACGUCAAGCUGCUGGACUUCGACUCCUUCCUGCCCAUGCUGCAGCACGUGGCCCGGUCCAAGGAGCAGGGAACCUUCGAGGACUUCGUGGAGGGUCUGAGGGUGUUCGAUAAGGAGGGCAAUGGCACGGUGAUGGGGGCGGAGCUCCGGCACGUCCUCGCCACGCUGGGCGAGAAGAUGACGGAGGACGAGGUGGAUCGUCUGAUGGUAGGACAGGAGGACGCCAGCGGACACAUCAACUACACCGAGUUCGUCAAACACAUCCUGGCCGGAUAGAAACCGUCAGACUAAGGAACGUCUCCAAGGUUCUGAAGGAAACAUCUCCGUCCAGUCUGUCCAGAGCUUCAGCAGAUCAACUACCUGUUCUUCCUCAGACCUUCAGCAGAUCAACCACCGGUUCUUCCUCAGACCUUCAGCAGAUCAACCACUGGUUCUUCCUCAGAGCUCCAGGAAAACUCACUAGACUGUCCUCUGGUUCUUGCAGACUGAAAGUGGAAUGUGUUCUUCUUCCUGAAGCUCUGAGGAAGGUUCCUGAUGCUGCUGCAGGUUUAAUGAGCAGAAGUUUAGUUUCUCAGUGUAGCAGGAAAACAGUUCUAAACGCGUUCUCAUGUGAAAACAUCGUGUUUUAUCAAUAAACUUUCCUGUUCUAAUGAGGAACCGACUCGUUCUUCUGGAUCAAGCAUCACAUUGUUUUAUUUCAGGUCACAUCCUUCAACAGCAGACUGACAGCAGCUCAGAUCUUCACUAAAGGGCUCAUUUUAGAAUCAUUUAGAAACAUAGAACUCUCUCUGCACUGACAGGUAUGAAAUAAACACAUUUUAUUACAUUAUUAUUAUUAUAUUAUUCAUUAUUAGAAGCUUUAACAGCAUUCUGACAGCAGAUGUUUUUUAAAAAGGCCUGAAGAUGUUUGUGUUUAACAGAGCUGUUAAUAAAAUGUUCCCCUGA